AUGUCCAACGCGCUCGCUAGCACCAGCACCAGCAUAAGAAGCGGACCGAGCGCACCGAUGUGCGCGCCCUCGCCGCACCCAUAUAAGGCCUCGCUUCUCAUCGACACCCCCGACCUUCAGCUCGUCGCACUCAGACACCUCCCCUUCGCCGCCGCCGACGGACCUCCACUCCUGCACGAGUACGAGCCCCUUUCAGCUGCGAGCACGCCCGAGUCGCCCGGCCCGCCCACCCCCCAAGCCAUGUCCUAUUCUGCCAGCACCCCACGUCAGCCUUGGACGGGAGGUCCCCUCCCUCUCCCCCUGCCAGAGUACGCACCAAUACCUCCGUCGUACCCUCCUACGCCGUCGUCGCCGUCGCCAACGCCCGAACACAUGUGUGGCAACUCGUUCGACUUCGCGACCAACGGAAUGUCCGUGUCCCGCGCCGGGCUCUCGUUCAUCCUCCUCGCGUGGAGCGCGCAGAACACACGGUAGCG